AUGCAUCACAUUCCUGACUGCAACUUUCAUGAAUGGGUUCUGAUUUCUGCUCAGCCCCAGGUUUUUGUAACACAUUGUGUCACCAAAAUUGUUCUUUCAAUACCUCUGGGUUCAUCAAGGAUUUCAAAGAUUUCUGGUGACAAGCUUGGAUACCUGCGGAUAGUCCGGAGGACGGCCGAGGAGUACAACAAGAAGGGAGUUGACCUGGAACUCAAGUCCAAACUGGCUGUAAAGAACUGCACGGCUUGGAUGCAUGCAUUUUCCAAGGAACUUUAUGACACAAUGGGUGUCUGGGUCUUUAUCUUAGGAUGUUAUCUGAAGCCCGAUGGUAAUUUGGACGUCUCGACGUACGACUUCAAUCAAGAACUCGGCAAUGGGAAAGACUUUAUUGAUAACCAUAGCCGGACUUUCCAUGAGGAAGGAAUAUUGGUAUCUUCUUGGAGAGCACACAAUGAAGAAUACUAUGGGUUGGAGGAUCUUGCUUCGGCCGAAGGAGGACACCGAUCCCGGGGUGCUAUGACUUUGGAGAAGAACCUAUACCUGGAACCUAUUCUACCCGAUCCAUCGAAACCACCACUUAAAACUUCCUGUGAUAUUCGAAUUUGGUGGCUGAAUGUUCUUCGUACAUUUGUCAACCAGCACUAUACUGGGCAGAGUAAGGGAUCGGCUCCUUGGACGGCUAUUGGAUCAAAGUUACUUGACUUCAUUGAUCUAGAAUAUAUACCCACGACUUGGAGAUCAGUAAAUGGAGAAGGUAACAACUUUUACAAGUUUCUUGAUCCCUCCAAAUUCCCGAUGGAGAUGGUCACUGAAGCUCUCCAGUUUUGGUAUGAACGUCAAGAACAACACAAAGUCGCCUUUCGAUUUAAAUCCUUUCUUGAGGGGAAAAUGCUGCUGGAAGCACCUCCACGAAGGAAAAUCAAAGUUCACGUUCCUAAACCUCAUGUUCAUAGUGUUGGGAAGGGCAAGAAGCCUGGCAGAAGCAAGGGUCAAAGGAGAGGCCGGGCAGCAACCGAGUCACCGUCAGAUGAGGAAGCCAGGCCAAAGAGAAAGGAAGGGGUGGAAGAUCGGCAGUUUGAUGACAACAGUUGGAAGGAUUUGGAUGUGGACAAGCCGGCCAAGAAACGAACCGAACAGUUUUCUAAGGAUGACUGGACUCCUGAUCGGGAUGGCUCCGAUGACGAUGGAGAAGACUUGGACAUGGAGAAACCAACCAAGAAACCAACCAAACAGCAUGACGAACAUCGUGAGGAUGGCUCUGAUGAUAGUGACUCAGACUCCGAUAAUGGUCAAGAGAAGCCAAAGCAGGAUACUCUGACUGAGCCCACAGUAAAACCUAGCAGGGUCAACCCGACCUUGGAAGAGGAUAGAGACUCGGGAUCAGAUUUGGGCUCAGACGAUGCUAUGAUCACUGUAGAUACCAGCCCCGAGCUUCAGCCUCGGUACAACAACACCCGGGCUCUCUCCCAUGAAGUACCAUCGGACACUGAGGUCUUGGCUGAUGAUACAUUUUGGGAAGCCGACCUGGGCUGUGGGGUGGAGUCGGCCGAUCGAGCGAAGAAGAGAAAAUUCACUGAUGAGGAGGAUACACCCUGCAAGUUUCCUCGGUUAGAGAAGGGUUACAAACUUGGCCUGAGGAGUGCCUGA